AGUACAUCAAGCGCCUUUAAUUUUGGGCUUUGAUGGAUCUGGUUAACAUGGCCAUCAAAAGUAUAAAUACUAGCUGAACUACCUCAACAUAUUUUUUUCUACAUUAGUUAUUACAAUAUUUCAUUAUAACAAUGCGCUCUGCCUUUGCUCUUCUUUCUCUCGCUUUCGCUGCUGUCAGCUUUGCUGCUCCUGCCACCAAUACAGGCAGUGGUACUGGUGCUUUAUUUCAAAGAUGUAACCGUCCUGGGGUCUUUGCGUUGACAUUUGACGAUGGGCCCAACGAAAACUCAUACGGACUUGCCAAGUAUUUACAUUCUGAAAACAUCACUGCCACUUUCUUUACCAAUAGUCGAAACUUUUUUUCCUCACCUUUCGACACAACUACAACCGAGACCGAAGAUGGAACAAAGACAUAUCAAGAAGUACUUCAAUAUUAUGAUCAAUUGGGUCAUGAAGUUGCCAGCCAUACUUUCAGCCACGCAGUACUCACAAGACUUAAUGCUGAUCAGGUGGCAGAAGAAUUAAACUUACAAUCUGACACUAUUUUCCGGGCCAUUGGUAAGCGACCUGCAUUUAUGCGUCCUCCCGAAGGCGCAACCAAUGAGGCCGUUAAUCAAGUAAUCAGUUCCUUGGGUUACAGCAAUAUUAACUGGGAUGUUGAUACAAAAGAUUAUGAGCACCUUGGUCUUGCUACAGAAGAAGAACGCGUACGUGCAAUUGUUGAUCUUGACGUACCAGGUGUAACUUUAGGCCAUAUCGCGCUUCAACACGAUGUUCAUGCUGAUUCCGUUAAUAUCUUGACCCCUUGGCUCGUUCAGUACCUUCGUAGCAAGAACUAUACUUUUGUUACUGUCUCUGACUGUAUUGGUCUGCCCGCUUACCAAUAGCCCCUGUACUAUUUUUCUUACAUUUAUAUAUCUCUUUGCUAUCUAUUUAAACAUUUCAGUCAAUAAAAAAAUACACAUUGAAAUUCUACAUAUUUAAAUGAAUAAAAGUGGCUUGUAUAGCUCAAGAGAGCUUAUGGUAUUUACAAGUUUCAUAAUUUGAUAUAU